AACACUUCAAAAUCAGUUGUGAUCGUCAGUGGAGCAGUUCGGUUCGGUACGGCGCACCAGCCUUUGAUUCGUUGAUCUACGGGGCAACCAACGCUAGAUCGAGCAUCGCGCGUUUUAUUAAAUAAACGCAACUGAAUGUAAGACACUGCGAUUAAAUUACAUGCGGUGUUAAAUUAACGACAUAAUAUUUGAUUCAUUGCCGCCAAUUGCAUUACGAGUAAUAACACGAGCAGUCUCAGUGUGCGACCCGCCGCGCCAAGCUAACUGAGUUUGAUUGCCGCUUAAGUGCUUUUGGUGUGAAAAAUUGCUGCAUUCAUCAAGCGACUGUCAGCCAGGCUAAUGAUUAAUCACCAAAACCAAUAAGUGACACGUGGACCACUUCAAUUAAUGCUAGAAAACUAACUUAGCAAUCAACAGCAAAAUAAGUGCUUAAUAACUAUAAAAUAGGGGAGCAAAUAGGUCACGAAGCUGCUGAAGUUGGCGACAGAUUUUAAAAAACCCAAAAAAACAAUAUUUUCGGUUGCAAUUUAUAACGUCAAUAGACCACCGGUUCGCUUGUGUGCGCAUACAAACACAUAUGUAAAUGGCAGAUAACGCCAAGGCGCCUAAAAGCAGACUACCCGUACGGCAAAUUCAAUUACCUAUACAUUGAUGUGUUUAUUGACUGAUUUGUUAACACCACAAACAACGUUAAAUACCGCAAGCGAACUGCCGCUACAACACAAAAGCAACAGCAACAGCCGCAAGCAAACGCACACACAUGCACACGCAUAGCCAAUUACCGCACGCCGUAACAGCAAUCAUCGGGAAUCAAAUCGACAGCCACAACAGUAAUUAUCCAACCGCACGGGCAAUUUGACUUCUUCGAGCGUCACGUCGUUGGACUUUAAUCCCAGAAUGGCUGACAAUGAAAACCGCAAUCACAGGCACAGUUACAAUGUCACCGAACAGCACAGCGAUGAUGAAUCGUCCAAUAAUCAUAACAGCAGUCCCAACAACAAUACAACAGACACCAUAAUAAUCGCACUGCAUAAUGGGCUGAGUAACGGUAAUGGCAUUGGGAAUUCGAAUGUCGAUAUAAAUGGCAGCGCUGUGAUCGGCAACGGCAGCGGUGCGGCCAAAUUGUCACCGCGCACUUACGAGCCACGCGAGCGGCAUAUCAUCACGAAGAACGUCAUUGUUAUUGGUCUAGCGUUUAUGAUACAGUUCACAGCGUUCCACGGCACUUCGAAUCUGCAGAGCUCGGUGAAUUCGGACAAGGCGCUGGGCACCACGACGCUCGCCGUCAUUUAUGGCUCGCUGAUUUUAUCCAAUAUCUUUCUACCCAUGACAGUUAUAAGAUGGUUUGGCUGUCAUCUGACCAUGGCUUUGUCCUUCUUCGCCUAUAUGCCCUUUAUUGCCGCGCAGUUUUAUCCACGCUUCGAGACGCUCAUACCAGCAGGUUUAAUGGUCGGCUUUGGUGGUGGACCUUUGUGGUGCUCAAAGUGCACUUACCUCUCAACAGUCGCCGAGGCUCUGACUAAAGUGCGUGGCAAUGAGUCACGCAAAGAUGUGAAUACCGUCAAAUUCUUUGGGCUCUUCUUCAUAUUCUACCAAAUGGCACAGGUUUGGGGGAAUUUGAUAUCUUCUUCAGUAUUAUCUUUCGGCUCUUCUGCCGUUGUGGAGCUGAAUGCCACACUCGAAGCGCUCGCGACGCCUCCACCUUCGGAAAGUCAUGUGGGUGAGAUCUGUGGUGCGCGUUUUUGUCCAGGCAUUGGCGCUGAGGAGAAUCCGAAUUUGACCCCACCCGAACCGGCGAAAAUCCAACUGCUCACCUCCAUCUUCCUCAUUUGCAUGGCCAUAGCUGUGGUGCUUAUGCUCUUCGGUGUCAACUCGCUGAAACGCUACGGCGUUCGUCGCAACGACUCUGGCGACGGCAUGUCUGGGCUGCGUCUGCUCACCGUUACGCUAAAUAUGUUGCGCAAGCGUCGCCAACUACUCAUUUUACCCAUCACAAUGUUCAUUGGCUUGGAGGAAGCCUUCUUGGCCGUGGACUAUACACGGUCCUUUGUCGCCUGCGGUUGGGGCAUUUCGAAAAUUGGUUUCGCCAUGAUUUGCUUUGGUGUUGCCAACGCCAUCGCUGCGGGCAUUGCCGGCGCUCUGGUCGAGAAACUGGGCCGCAUCACGCUGUUCGUCGCUUGUGCGCUGCUGAAUGCCUCGCUCUUCGUCUAUAUGUUUUUCUAUGAGGCGCGCGAGGGUGAUUAUGUCACCUAUUGUGCAUUCGCGGCGAUUUGGGGCAUUUGCGAUGGUGUAUGGUUGGUCGUGGUGAAUGCUUUUUAUGGCAUUCUCUUUCCGAACCAUCUCAUCGCUGGCUACAGCAACUUCCGCUUGUGGGAAUCGACUGGUUCUGUUAUUGGCUAUAUAAUCAGUUCACAGUUGUGUACUUCCACAAAGUUGGUGAUACUGCUCUGUGUGCUCGGCAUUGGAAGUGCAGGUUACGGCAUCACCGAGUAUCGCCUACGCAGAAAGCAAAAAGCUCUGGAGCUUAUGUUAAGUGAUUGAAAAGCAGCUUACCUGUUGAUUAAUGAAAGUGUAUUUGUAUUUUAGUGCUAAGAAAAAACGAUUUUGUUAAACAUUUUUAGAAUAAAGAUUUU